AAUGACAAUAUACUUAACGCCUAAACAGUUAAGGAAACUAAAUUGCCUAACAUGUAUGACAGAAUAUUUACAAUAUCCUAAUUACACUAUACCCCUUCUAAUACUUCCCCUUAAGUUGGAGCAUGAAAUUCUUGAAUGCUUAACUUGCGUAGGAGUAACAAAAAAUGUGGUUUACCAAGAGCUUUGAUAAAAAUAUCCGCAAGUUGAUUUCCCGUGCGAAUGUAAGGUGUCAAAAUAUUACCCGACUGAAUCUCAUCCCCUGCAAUAUGACAAUCUAUUUCAAUGUGUUUAGUUCUUUUAUGAAAAAUUUCAGAAAAUAAUAUAUUUCAACCAUUUUAGUUCACAUAUAGUAGUCGCCAUUGAGCGAUACUCUGCCUCAGCAGAAGAAUGAGACACAGUUGGUUGUUUCUUGGUUUUCCAAGAGAUAAGGGGAGGAGCCAAGCAAAACAAAGUAACCUGUUAACGAACGUCGAGUCAUAGAACAACUCGCCCAAUCACUAUCACAAAAACCAUAUAUUUGCAAGUUACAAUUUCUUCGCAAAAGUACUCCUUGACCGGGACAACCCUUUAGAUAUCGUAGUACUCGUAAAGCGGCUUCCCAAUGAUCCACCUUCGGCGCGCCCAUGAACUGUGCCAAAUUGUGUACGGAAUAGCACAAUUUAGGAUGGGUUAUGGUCAAGUAAAUAAGACAACCAACAAGGCGCCUAUACUUCUCCGGUUCAGAAAAUAAACCCCCCUCACUUCGUGCCAGUUGAUGAUUUUGUUCCAUCGAAGUUGGGCUUUGCUCCCAACAAACUUGCUUCACUAAUAAUAUCAAGAAUAUAUUUCCGCUGAUUAAGAAAUAAUCUCAUUGCCACAGGCCACUUCUAAUCCAAGGAAACUAGUCUUAUAUGCACGCGAUGCGUGCGAAUAUAAGAACAAAUUUGUGUUAUUACAUAUAAACCUGAAAUAACAUGUAAAGAAUAUAAUAUAAAUGCGAUGCGUGCGAAUAUAAGAAACAUAUAAGUUAGAUAUAAUCGAACACAUAUAAACAGAUUGAUUAAAAUGAUAAGAAUUUAUUUAAGGGGCUAAGAUUGAUUAAAAUACUUCUUUGGUUGUCAUUAUAUUCUCUAUUGUAUAAGAGUGGAGGGUAUUUUAGUAAUCCAAGGGGAACACGAAAAGUGGAUUUACCAAAAUAACCUCACCUCUUCAUCUCUAUUAUAUAAGCCAAGAGCUGAGGGCUUUUUCGUAACUUAACUUUUCGUGUCCCCAGCCAAAAUUACCAAAACACCCUUGAAGUCGUUGAUGCUGCUCGCUGACCCCCUAUCUCUUGCACUCUUUUCUCUCUCCUCGCAUUUCAGAGGCGAUUUGUGUCCUCUCUCCCCUCUCGCACGUUUCUCUCUCCUCGCGUCUCCAUUGUCGUCGUUUUAGGGUUACAUUUCCUCGCCGAAUCGCGUCCCAAAUCAGCAUUCAGAAAUUUGGGUUGAUUUGGAUCAUGAUGGUCGGAUUGGUGGUGCCGAAGCCCGUCACUUUUUUUCAAGGAUCUGGCUUGAAUAAACAAGUUCUUGCCCAGGUACCCGUUAUGGUGCCAAUCUGCGUAAGCAGAUUAAGAAGAUGGAGGCGAGUCAACACAACAAGUACUUUUAUGCGUGGAAAUGCUUCUUCUGCUCUAUGUUCUGAGUAUUUCAACAGCAAACCCUAUGCGUGCGAUCCAUCAACUUUUCCAAUAUAUCCACCUAACAAAGAAAUUGAUGCAAAAGGUCGUGAUGAUGCUAGAAGUAAUACUUCAGAGAUGAACGAUUUGAAAGCUGGGGCAGAGCUGCUUGAUAUUAUUCUUUCAAAGCUUCAGCAUAAUUUGAGAGAGGGGAAACAUACUUGGGUUGCACCAAUACGGAUUUCCGGCUACUCUUGCUUUCCUCAUUGUCUAUUUGGGUUUUCAGCCACAAAGCUCUGUUGCUGCUGCUGCUGCUCACUCUGCUCUGCUGCUGCUGUUGCUUAAUCUGCCCACUCUGCAAGAAAGCAUGCAAUUCUGGUUCAACCUGCAUCAAGAACUUAGGAAGCAUGCAUUAUGUUCUAGAGUAAAUUAUUUGCAUAUUCAAUUAUUUGUUAAUCAUGCUGUCAUUUGGUUGAUUGCAAGCUUUGCUCUGAAAAAAGUUGUAGAGUGUUUUUCGAAGAGUUUGAAGUUCAUAAAUAGGGUUAAUGAUGAAAUUUUGGAAUUUAUAUUUUGGUACUAAGAUUUAGAUUCUUUGUCAUGUAAACGUAUGAUUACUCUGUUUCACUAUUUAGAUGUAUAACCUUAAUUUUUUAAAAUACGAACUUUGUGAACA